UCUGCUCCGUGCUGCUGUCGAGGAUGCAAGGGUCUUGGUUGCUCCCAUGUCUGAUGUUCUUGAUAAAACUUUCAGCUGGCCCUCAGCAUCUCAUCCAGGCGGUUUCUGUCCAGCAAUGCGGGACCACCAGUGCACAAGUGUGUGACUUCGUCUGUGACUGCUGGGAUUGUUCAGAUGAAAAUCAGUGUGGUUAUCACAAGGUUUCAGCCAUUCUGGAAACCCCUUUCACUUGUGACUUUGAAGGCAGCACCUGCGGGUGGAAAGAUGUGAGCACCUCAGCUUACCGAUGGAUUCCAGCCCAGGCCAGCAUCUCAGCCCAGGGGAUGGAGCCUCCGUUUGACCAUACUUUGGGCACUGAUAUGGGUUGGUACAUGACCACUUCGAAGCAGAGAGGGAAGCCUUCUCUUACGGCCAGGCUCACAUCCCCCCAAAUGAGAGAAGCAGCUGCAACAUGUGAGAUCCAUGCUUGGUACCACCUGUGGGGACCAGGACUCAACGAGACACACCGGCCCAGUUUGAUAGUGGAACUGAUACAUGCAAAUGGCACUGUGACAUUAUGGCAAAACCCUCCAAGCAGUGCCUCCUCCUGGCGGGAAUUGGUUGCCUACACUGGCCGAGUUCACGGGAUGUUUCAGGUAACCUUUUCUUCAACUCAAGCCUUCUCUGAGACAAUGAUGGUGGCAUUGGAUGAUGUGGAGUUCAGAAAUUGCGGCCCCCCACAUCCCCAGACCUGUGACCUGUAUGAAGUUGACUGCCAGCAAGGUGGAUGUGUGGGUUUGGACCGGAUCUGUGAUGCAACUGAAGACUGUAGAGAUGGCAUAGAUGAAAAAAAUUGUGAUUUUUUCAGUUUCUGUUCCUUCGAUAAUGGGUGGUGUGACUGGUUGUCUGAGAACAAGACCCUUCUGUGGGCAAAUAGCUCCAGCCUCAAAAUGGCCCCAUCUCCCACUUUUCCUACGCGAGACCACAGUACUAACAGUCAGGAAGGUUACUUUGUCUUCGUCAGCAACAGCCCCCUGAAUAUACGAGGAGGGAAAGCGUGGCUGAUCAGCCCGACUCUAAACAGCAAUGGUAACUGCUCGCUGGUACUGUACAUCCAUCUGUAUGACUCUCAUGCCAACAGCCUGAAUAUCUACUAUCGAACAGAAAAUUUGACGCAGCUUAUCAGGAGCCGCUCUGGGGAACUGGGCAACUACUGGUUCCGGGAGCAAGUGGAUUUCCCUGAGCAGGAGAAGUUCCAGAUUGUCAUUGAGGGGGUGAUUGAAAUGGGGCAUACCGGGAGCAUUGCACUGGAUGAUCUGAUCCUGUCGUCUGGUUGCAGAAAUCAAACAGAUCAUCUUAGUGUCCCUUCUGAGUUGGAACCCGAAAGCCCCUGCCCUGUGGACCAGUUUGUGUGCGCCAAUAAGUCAUGCAUCAGUGCGGAGCUGACUUGUGACUUUAAGGACGAUUGUGGUGACGGCUCUGAUGAGGAGAGUUGCGGAAUGACAGGAUUUGCCCAAGGCACAGGAGGAUGGAUGGAUAUCAGUGUGGGACACCUGGAGUGGGCCAUGCAAAAAAACAUCAGCAGGGUAGAUUCUGUUGGGUACACUUUUGGCCUGCAGGAAGGUCCAGGGCAGAUGUUCUCGCUGGCUAAGGCCAUCACCCCUGUAUUGGGUCCCUCGGGGCUGGCCUGUGCUCUGGAGAUGGAAUUCACCAUUGGACCUCAAGGGUUCCUUGCACUCGCCGUUGUAGACAAGAGCCUGGGAACUCACCAGAUAGUAUGGUCUACUUUGGGAAACGGCACUGCAGUGGCGGCACAGGCCACGGUCCCUCUUGGAGCUAGAGACAGGCCCUUCCAGCUUGAGCUGCUGGGUCUGGAGAACCUCAAAGUGACCAAAAAUCCCCAUCUGGCCAUCAGGAACAUUAAGUUUGUGAAAUGUGACUCCUCCAGCCAAGUGCUAUCAUCAGGGCUGUCCUGCAACUUUGAGACAGGCUGGUGCAACUGGUUCAUUGAACAGAGUGAUGGCUUUGAAUGGGAGCGAAGCAAGGGAGGAACCAUGGACCAUACUAUUGGCACAGGCUAUUUCCUCUCCAUCAAUCCUUCCGUCCACAGCUCUCUAGGAUUCAGGGCCCGCCUUGUUUCCACCCCCCAAGCUCCUGUUGAUCAGGGGCAGUGCCUUUCUUUCUGGUACCGCAUGGAUGGUCCCCAAAUUGGGACUCUAAACCUGAAGGUGAAACACAAUGGGGAACCAGAGCAUGUCCUGUGGACCAGAACAGGAAGCCAUGGUGCUGUGUGGCACCGGGGAUUCGCCAGCAUCUCCCCACAGCGUGCUCAGAAUUAUCAGGUGAUCUUUGAAGCCCUCCGGGAUGGGUUCUUGGGUGCAAUGGCUCUGGAUGACAUUACAGUGACGCCUGGAGGCUGCAGUGUGCAAAAGCAUUGCUCCUUUGAGACCAGUGACUGUGGAUUUUGGGGCACCAAGCAGCACCUAUGGAUACGGCAGACUGGCACAGGAGGACAGGGCCCUCCAACAGACCACACCUUGGGCACAUUGAAAGGACAUUACAUGAUCAUCAACUGCAGUGAGGACAUCCUGCCAUUAGGGGAAAAGGCCAUUUUACAGUCCCCAACCUUCUCAUCUCUGCUUCAUACCCACUGUGUGAUGUUCUGGUACUACCUGAGCAGUAGCAACCCAGGGACCUUGACUGUAUAUGUGGAAGAGAGAGGCACACAAAGGAAGAUGCUGAGCAUCAGUGCAAUGCAAGGGGAAGUUUGGCGCUACAGCAACUUCAGUGUCCAGGUCCAAGAUGAAUGGCAGGUGGUGUUUGUGGUCGAAGGGGCUGGAGAAGGCCCCUCUUCGUACAUUGCUCUUGAUGACUUUCAUGUGAAGGAAGGGGUCUGCCCUGAAUCAGGAUCUUGUGACUUUGAGUUGGGCACUUGCGGGUGGAGCAGACCCCAUGGAGACUGGUACAGCUGGGACUGGAAGGAAGGUGCCACCCCGCUGUGGUCCCCAUCGCCCAGGGAGGAUCACACCCUUGGGACUGAAGCAGGUCACUAUGCUUAUGUUGACAUCGGAGUGCUGGGGAUGGGCAGGCAUACGGCUGGCCUAGCAAGCGAACACCUUCCAGCAACCACUGGCUCCUGCCUGCAAUUCCAAUAUCACAUGAAUUUCAUGGAGCAAAGCUCCCAAGCACAGCUCAAGGUUAAGCUCUUCAGCCUGCAAGGUGAGCGAAUGGUGUGGAGUGCCACGGGACAUCAAGGUCGGACUUGGAUGAACCAAUCUUUCUUUGUGACAAGUCUUACUGAAUUCCAGAUUGUGCUGGAAGCCACAAGUGGAGCAUGGCCAAGCUCAGGGACUAUUGCUGUAGACGAUAUCUCAUAUGCAGCAGGCGCAAGCUGUGAUCCCAUACAGAAGUGGGACACGGAGGAAGGUGACAGCAAGAUUUCAGAAGCAGGGCUGGCAGCUGGAGUAGUGUGUUCAAUCAUCUUGGUGAUCAUUGGAGCAAUCUUUGCCAGCUACUGCAUAAAGAAGCGGAGAACAUUGAGAGCUGGCAGACUAGAAGAGAGUGUUGACAUCCAGGGCUUUGACAACAUCACUUUUCGGGAUGAUGUAGUCAUCAUACCACCGUUCCCAGAAGAUGAGGAAAUGGAGUAGAACCCUUUCUUCCUGUUGAGCGAGUGGAACAAACAAUACCUGUGACGUGUUCUCUGACAGUCUUCCAUCCUCCUAGAAACCCCCCUGCCCACAUCUUCACCUUCCCUCUCCACCCUGCCCUCUGGGAUCCUGAUGUUUUGGAAAAAAAUAGAUUCUGCCUUUGGGGCAUUUGGACCUAACACAAAUUGGACUGGCUCAUGUUUUGCCCAAUACACUUGUUUCUAAAGGCUUCAGCGGCUGGAUUCCUUUUCAUUACUUAAGGGAUUACAGGGUCUGUCAACUUCAUUUUGUCCUUCUAGCAGUUACUUGGACCCCAAUUCUACAAUGACCUUUGGCCAAAUACUAUUAAAGGGUUGCCCAUUUCCAAAAAAAGGGGAAUAGUGUUGAGCUGGAAAAGACACAGAAAGCAGCAACCAAAAUGAUCAAGGGGUUGGAGCACCUCUGAAAGGCUUUUAAGAAUCUGGGAAUUUUAAAUUAAGAAACAGACACAGCCAAGGUAGAAAUAUGGCAAAGGCUUUUAGAAUGAUGACUAGAAUUGAAUAUGUUGAUCGAGACCAUUUCCUUCUGUCUCCCCUAAUGCUAAAAAUUGGAGUUGUAGUG